AUGACAGAGGAGGACCUCCUCAACACUCUGAAUGACUUAAGUGAGGAUGACUUUGAGAACUUCAAGUGGUUCCUGAAGAAAGAAUAUAUGGGUGACAUCUCGCCCAUUCAAUGGGCCCAGCUGGAGAACGCAAAGAGGCGGGACGUUGUGGAUCUGAUGGUGCAGACAUAUGAAUUUGCUGCAGCUGUGAAGGUGAUGAAGAGUGUUUUAAAGAAGAUGAGGAAGAAUGAUCUGGUGGAGGAGUUGUCAAACAUCAGCUCAGGAGCAGCAUGUCAGUCACAGGAAGAGACAAAGAUGACAUCACAUCCAGACAAAGAUGGUGACCAGCAGAAGGAUUCAGAUGAACAUAUGAUUUGUCUGGUGAUGAAAUGUCAGACUGAAGACAACGAUGAAGCAGAAAGUGAAACCCCCUUCACUGAUACCUACACUGAGGUCUACAUCACACGGGGAAGGAGUAACGAAGUUAAUACCCAACAUGAAGUGUGGCAGCUAGAGAGAGCUUCCAAGAUGGAGACCCUUCAGGACUCUCCAAUCAAGUGUCACGACAUCUUUGAACCCUUACCCAACCAAAAGAAACACAUCAGAGUCGUUCUGAUGAUCGGCGUCGCUGGUGUUGGAAAAACCUUCACAGUGAGGAAGUUCACUCUGGACUGGGCAGAGGGGUCCAAAAACCAAGAUAUCAGUCAGAUGAUUCCACUUCCAUUCAGGGAGCUGAACUUGGUCAAAGACAAGAAGUACAGUCUGAUCACACUGAUCCAUGAAUUCUAUCCAACAUUACAGAAGCUCACAGCAGAGAAGCUCGCUGUCUGUAAAGUUCUGUUCAUCUUUGACGGCCUGGAUGAAAGCAGACUUUCACUGGAUUUCAUCAACAGUGAGGUCGUGUCUGAUGUCACAAAGAAGUCAUCAGUCAGCGUGCUGUUGACAAGCCUCAUCAAGAAGAAGCUUCUUCCCUUGGCUCUCAUCUGGAUAACUUCCAGACCUGCAGCAGCCAAUCAGAUCCCUUCAUCAUUUGUUCACAGAGUCACAGAAGUACGAGGCUUCACUGACGCCCAGAAGGAGGAGUACUUCAGGAGGAGAUUCAGGGAUGAAGAGCAGUCCAGCAGAAUCAUCUCACACAUCAAGACAUCCAGGAGCCUCCACAUCAUGUGUCACAUCCCAGUCUUCUGCUGGAUGACUGCUGCAGUUCUGAACCACAUGUUGACUACCGACCAGAGAGGAGAGCUGCCCAAGACCCUGACUAACAUGUACUCACACUUCCUGCUGGUUCAGACAAAGAGGAAGAAGAACAAUGAGGGACAUGAGACGAGUCCAGAGGAGCUGACGGAGGCUGACAGGAACCUUCUUCUGAAGCUGGGGAGGCUGGCGUUUGAACAACUGGAGGAAGGAAACAUCACGUUCUACCAAAAAGACCUGGAGCAGUGUGGUCUUGGUGUCACAGAGGACCCUAUGUUAACAACAUUUUGUACACAGAUCUUCAGAAAAGAACAUGGAAUCUACAAGAAAACAGUCUACAGCUUUGUUCAUCUGAGCGUUCAGGAGUUUCUGGCUGCAGUCUACAUGUACCACUGUUACACCAGCAGGAAGACAGAGGUACUGAAGGACUUCCUCGGAGAAGAGUAUGAUGACGAUGAUGACGAUGAUGAUGAUGACGAUGACGAUGAUGAUGAUGAUGAUGAUUACCCAUCCCUGGAUGACUUCCUGAAGAGGGCUGUGGAGAAAUCUCUCAUAAGUGAAAAUGGCCACCUGGACCUGUUUGUCCGCUUCCUUCAUGGCCUCUCUCUGGAGUCCAAUCAGAGUCUCUUAGGAGGUCUGCUGGGUCAGACAGACAACAGUCCAGAAACCAUCCAGAGAGUCAUCAACAACCUGAAGGAGAUGAACAGUGGUGAUAUCUCUCCUGAAAGAAGCAUCAACAUCUUCCUCUGUCUGAUGGAGACGAACGACCGCUCAAUACAUCAGGAGAUCGAAGAGUUCCUGAAGUCAGAAAACAGAUCAGGGAAGGAACUCUCUGAGAUCCACUGCUCAGCUCUGGCCUACAUGCUGCAGAUGUCAGAGGAGCCUCUGGAUGAGUUGGACCUGAAGAAGUACAACACAUCAGAGGAGGGACGACGGAGACUGAUCCCAGCUGUGAGGAACUGCAGAAAGGCUCAACUCUCUGACUGUGGACUCUCAGCAACUCACUGUGAAGUUUUGGCCUCAUCUCUGAAGUCCGACCCCUCCCAUCUGACAUAUUUGGAUUUGAGUGACAACUACCUGUCUGAUUCAGGAGUGGAGGUUCUGUCUGCUGGACUGGAGAGUCCAAACUGUAGACUGGAGACUCUGAGAUUGAUUAACUGCAAGUUAUCAAAGAUCGGCUGUGAUUAUCUGGUCUCAGCUCUGAAGUCCAACCCCUCCCAUCUCAGAGAGCUGGAUCUGAGUGGAAACAACCUGAAGGAAUCAGACGUGAAGCAGCUGAUUGAUCUUCAGCAGAGUCCAAACUGCAGACUGGAGACUCUG